AUGCCUUCACAACGUCAAAAAGACAUGCCAGAUUCUACUCACGACCCCAACCGAUCGGUAGAAGCAAUCGAGCUCGACCAAUUCGCGGACGCGCCUCAAGGCAGUACAAACCUUCUGAACUGGCUUGCUUGCUAUCCUAGUACACAUUACUUUCCGUCCGCACAAGAACUACGCAAGCUCUCACGCCACCGCGUUCACCUGAUCUUUGAGCGCUGGCGUUUUCUAAAUCAAAUCCUUGAACGACAUGAGGGGACGAUUCGUAAGAAGUGGACGGAGAAGAGUGUUGAGCAGCGAAGAGAGCUUCUUCUCGCUGUUCUACCCAGCAUACCCGAGAUGCAUCGUCCCGAGCAAGAGCAGUACCAGGAACUCAGCAAUUACUCUUCCCAAGGCCCUGGCCAUGCUGUAUCCAGAUUUUUCAAAAGUACUACUUGCAUGCUUCCCGACAUCAAUUUGGAAGAUCUUCUCCGACAAAAGACUCUAUUGGCCUUCCUUAAUGCUCGCGGCCGGAACCACCCCGCAACUUUCGCUGGCACUGAGCUCGUAAAAUGCCCUCUGCAUGCAUGGGAGGACGAACCGCUUUGGAAAAGGCUCGCCAAAUGGACGAUGGAGUUCAGCUGCAACACAGAUGAGACUUUCUACGGACGAAUGAAAAAAUGGAAGUAUACCGGCAAGGCCAAACGCUUCGUGUAUGCUGGUCAGGGCUUUCAUCCAGGAAAUGGGAUUCAGGUGAUCAAUAUCCAAUUGCUCACAUACUCAUUCCUUACCACAUGCUGCAUCAAGAUUCUGCACGACCUAGUGGGGGGAGAGAAUGAUAUCUACAUGCAUGCUAUCAAGCCAGAGCCCUCUAGUUUAUCACUAGAUAGCGCCGACUAUAACACACUUGCCGAAGCCGCUCAACUUGCUCCAUAUGGUAUUCCGUCGCAGCUCGACUUCAAUCGCCUACGUGGUCUUAUCUUUGCGAAGGUCAACGAUCUUGAGGAUCAUAUUUGGGCUUUGCGCGAGGAUCCGGGAUAUUUUGCCGAAGUCUUCCAAGAUCACAAAAGCCAUCGCGCGGAGUUUCUAGCGGCGACUAGUGGGCAGACCCAUAAUGUUUUGAAGCGAUCACCAAAGACAAUUACAAACCUCAUUCUCCGUAACAUGGUAGUCGACCCGUACUUCAUGCUGUAUCAUUGGCAUGAAUGCCUACGCCUGGUAGAUGCACUUGAGGAUACAGCUAGGAGGAACAACUUUUACUUUCCACCGACUGAGUCGCUUCCGACAGAGUAUUACGAUACCUUUAUCAAAUUGUGGCAGAUACUGUAUGCUAUUCAUACCGACACGCACGAAUGCUUCCGCCAGCGGGUACCCGCUUCACCUCCUCUUCGCCCCUUCUUUAUAAAAACGGUUGCAGAUCCAAAUAGCCACCUCUGUCGCUUCGUUAUCAAUAAAAAUAGGGCAGGUACGGAUGGUGUCACGCGGCGCUUCAUCACUGCGCUUUCUAUGAUAUGGAAUAAGACCGAACCCCCUGUGCAAGGCUUCGAUACAGAAUUGGAUGAGCUAGACAGGCUUGUCACCAGUGAGCCUUCGGCCCGGGCACUAAUAACGCCGCUUGUCUGGGCCGACUUCUCGCAACUUUCAACGUCAUCCGAAUGCAUUCACCAGAUCCGUUCGUAUCAGCCAUGGGCGACGCGGAUGGAACGUGAUAUGCAACUACCAACAUUGGAAGGCACGUCAAAGGUGGAGCUUAAGUAUGAAAAUAUCAUAGAGGAUUAUAUGGCUUUCACCGACAAGUGGUCCACAAUUGUUAGACAGAAAAGGUUUGAGGGCGCAGACUUGGCCUCAGUAGGUGACCCAGGGGAUGGCAGGUUCACCUACCCCAUCAUUGGGGAGCGAAAUCGCACAAAUACCGAGCUACUAUGCAAGGCAGAGAAUCACCUCGAUGUCUUCUGGCAAAGCGUCGAUGCCUACUGCAAGAAGAUGGUUGGUGCGAGAUUUCCGGAUCUACUCGACCGUGACAUCACUCAUGGGCGUACGCUGCGCCGCACUCCAGCCUGGGAAGAUCCAGCCCCAGCUCAGAAAGCUACUGAGAAGACCUUCUUAAACACACCGAAGUACGACUGUCAACCAUGCUCGCUCACCAACCACGAAGAAGCUAGCGAAGAGAUUGGAAAGUUUGAAAAACUGUCGUUAUCCACUGAAGUCAAGCCGAAGGCUAGAGGUGCUGAUCUAGCUCAAGAAGCCAAUACUUCUCCUCCGAAAUCACCUGAUAUUGCCCCAUCACUGGCUCUACAUGCAACAAAGAAAGUUGACAAGCGCUCUCUUAAAGUCUUCAAAGCACUCUUCUAUACACCAUUAUCCAGCGACAUUCCAGGCGAGUUGCAAUGGACCGAUUUUCUGCACGCAAUGACUAAAUUGGGCUUUUCAGUCAAGAAACUACGUGGAUCCGCAUGGAAGUUGACGCCAGGAGAUUUUGGAGUAGGCGGGUCGAUUCAGUUCCACGAACCGCAUCCCGGGAAGAGGCUUUCGCUGGAGUGUGCAAGGCGAUAUGGGAGGAGGCUCGAAAUGCGUUAUGGAUGGACAAGCGAGAUGUUUAUAUUAGCUCAGUAAGGAAGAUCCAAUGACUGGCGAGGUAUUGCGACCGAGGUGUGGCGGCCUGAUGCUAAAUUCUGAAAGAGAGGGUUUUCGGUUUCGUGACUGGUGUAAUGGAUAUUGAGAGAAUUUGGUUCGGCCCCUCAACAUGGACCGUCAUCCGACGAGACACGAGAGUUAACUCACACAGCCAUACAACAAGCA